CUGCAACACAAGUGGGAGUUUACACUGAAACGGAUUACAUGUCUACAGACUGAAGCAGCGGUAUAGAUAAAGAUGGCAUUAUGCUUUUAGGCUUCACCACCUCCUAAGGACUGACUGCCAAACAAAGGAAGAGUGAGAAAACAACAGAAAGACUUUAUGAAAAGAACACAUAAAAACAUUUAAGCAGAUCUGCCAAGAUGCCACUGAGAACGUCGUUGUACCGAAAGCAAUCGUCUGGUCGCUGGUCCAGCAGGAACUCCAAGCGGAGGGAGGUGCUGUCUGUCAACAUGAUAAGCCUUCCGCUGGCCGACUUCCGCCACAUCUCUCAUAUUGGAAACGACGCCCAUACAGACAGCUUUGGAGAUCUGUCCUUUCUAAAGAUGGGCCACAGCCUGCUUCUACAGAGUUCCCAGAGCGAGCAGAACCUCUUCAUGGCCUGCUCGCCGCCUCCGAAGCCCCCUCGUCUGAAUCUGGAUGAAAGCGAGGGUUCGGAGAGCCCCGACUGGUCUGUGGAUCAUCACAACACCUCCCAGAAGAGGAAAAAAUGCAGUUCAAUGCCACUGCUGGACAGUGAUGACGGAGAGAAAGAGAUGGAAAAAGAGGACGGGUGCCAAAGACGGAUUAACGUUGCCCCCAAUCAGACUCUCAGCUGUGGACGGGGCAGCGUGAGUUCAGACAGGGAUGGAGAGUUUACAGAGACUUGUGACAAAACUGUCGGACAGCAGAAAGACGAGGAAAGUGGCUUUUCGUUCAGCCUCGACCUGGGCCCUUCAAUCCUGGAUGAUGUUCUCCAGGUGAUGGACAAACGACACAAUUAGAUGAGAUAGUAGCCACAAGGUACAUUGAGGCUUCACUUAAGGUUUUGAAUAUGGAGAAGAGAUCCAACUGGACACUUCUGUUGGGGACAAACUCCUGAUUUUAUGGACAAACUAUAAUCUAAAUGUGAUGGUCAAAAUUCAAAUAAAUCUAGGGAUAUUAAUGAUGCCAGUGUACUGCACAGUGACAAAUACUACUUCACUCUUUUAAAGAGCACAAGACGUUGUGCAUAUUGAACACUGCGGUCCACAGCACAUCAAAAAGUAAGCGUUGGUCCGUUAAAAGGUGAAAAAGGACAACCACACAGAGUUAAUGUUCUCCACGUAUUCACCCCUUGCAGAGGUAGAGACAAUGUUUAAGUUAAUGAUUGAACUCUGUCUGAUGUCAAACUCCAAGCUGGACAUUUUUGCCGUCUUCUACAUUUCUCUUUUGCUUUUGUAAUCCUUCAAACCGCACAGAACAGCACUGACGACGGCUGUUAAGACUUAAGAGUGUUGUGUUUAAGAAAAGAAAAGCUACGGCUGGAAUCCAAGGUCCUCGAGCUGUGAUGUCUUGGCUCUUGGUGUGCUUGCCAAUCUAUUGUGUGCAGAGGGCAAUUUUUGCUCCGCACGCAUCCCAGAGGCCCCACUCAAAGGUAGACCAAGGUACCCCCCAUCUCUCAUUCCCAACAAUGUAGUGAAAACAAACACUUAGCUCUGCUUCCAAUAAAAGCCAGCCAGUGGUGGCAGGUUGGGCCGCAGACCAAGCAAGGCCACAGGUCCAAGACCUCAGAGGAAGGAGAAAAAAAAUGGCAGAACAGGCUGUUUUCUUAGCUGCAAAUCAGAGUCCGAUGCUCUGGUGAGUGGCGCACGAGAAGGAAAAGUGGUAAAGGGUAACGUGAUACUUCCACAUAUGUAGGGGGUGUCGAGGGAGGAGGACCAGAGACAUCCAUUACUGCAGCAAAAGUCCUGAUGAGGGUUUAAACACUACCUUCUGACCAAACAGACGUCUGACACGUUAAAAAAAAAAUACAUGCUGCAUCUCGCAUACGGUGGCACACAAGAAAAGAGCAGCAUUGAUAUUUCUGUGGACAAUCCUGGCCUGUUGUUCUUAAAUUUAGAGAGGAGAGUCGGGACACAGCCUCAGUACGUGCCUUAGUUGGGGGUUGCCACGAUACGCUGUGGGACAAACCCAGAGCAAGUCAAAUUCCUAAGAGCCCCACGGGUCAUGCUGCAAAAUAUACGAACCACAAGUUUCCCGCUUCAGGCAAUAGAUUUAGAAUUCCAUGUAUGUGCAAACAGAAACAGCGAUGUUUGUGGGUACAUCUGCACUGUAUAUCUGUUUUGGCAUCAAAACUGGAUAUCACUGCCCCUGUUUCUGUUGUAUAUGUUAUGACAAUAACACAUUAUGAGGCCUUUUUUUUUUUUUUUUUGCAUUGAAAAGUGUACCGUUUUGUACUUUGGGCAAGUAAAGAAAAAUAUCAUUCGAAUUCCAAGAUUUGUGGUUUUGUGGAUAGAAGUGUUCGUGUCAACAUUUUACAAGAGCUUGUAUAAGACUGUUUACACACCAUGAUGGACUGACAUGUACUUGGCUCUUUAACUGUCAAAAGCCACUGUGGAGGCCGUAAGUCUUGUCUGUCGCUUGUAUCUACCAGUUUCUAGAUAAAAUUACAGCUUUGGACAAGCCAACACAACAAGCAGCACAAUAUUAUUUCAAGGUGGGGAAACACACAAGCCUAAAUUAGACGGGCAUGUCAGGAAGGAUUUCAUGUACAGGCACAAAUACUGUACGACAGUAAAGUGGACUUUGAGUGAUAAGGUCUGCACUGUUCUGAGGCACACCUGAAUCCCACAGAAGUGACAUGCAAUAGUUAACCAGGGCGUGUUAGCAGUUUGUAGGAUCAGGGAAGGAGCUUAUCAGCCACACAGACUUUUCACUGGACUGUGACCCGUAACAAUCAACGCAUUUGAUUAUGAGAGAAGAAUUGCGCAAUCUUGGACAGACACUGUAAAAGCAAACUACUGAGGGCAAAAAGCUUCAAACUAGAAAAACAUGAAACGAACAAGAAGAACAUAAAUUGUUGGUAUAUGAAGUGUCACUCAGCUCUGAUUAAAAAAUAACAAAAACUAAACUCUAAUACAUGUUAUGAAGCUUCAUCCUUCAUUCUGUUCUCCAAAUUAAUUUGCUGCCUGCUUUUUGUGGAAAAAAGUACUCCACCAGACAAGGGUCCUUGGCUUCUGUGACUCCAUCAUCUGCACCAGAGCUUCACGUGAAGAAUCACACGAGCUUAAACUCAACAAGUGUUCAGCCGCAUGACUGAUGUGAGAAGAAAGAGACUGUAAUUGAAGACAAAUUAUCUUGUCCGCACUGUGAAAACUGGCCGAACUGUGAAGUAUCCCCGUCACAUCUGGUACCACUUCAUUCCCUCCAAAAAUCUAAACUUGCUGUCAUACAGAAUACCAAGAAGCCUUGUCAUCUUACUGAAGAGUAGCUCUUAUGAGUUAUUUUUUGUCAGUUAGUAACUAAAACAGUAAAAAUAUUGUUUUGGCAAAUAACAGACGUGUCCUUCUGCUGUAAUUGUGCCUCCCGGUGCAAUCUGAUGCUACUGAAAUAUGCUGCAAGGUUUUAAAAAGAUUGAAACACAAAAGGGGACUUUGGGAAACCGAUAUUGUUUACGCUGUCUGUAUCGUGUAUCUGUAUCUCGUCAGAACAUAAUACGAAGCUCUAAAUGUUCAGGGUCAAGCGAAUCCACAACCGCUAUCGCCUCUUAUGAUAUGCAUGAUGAAUUGUGUGUAUUUGAGCAUAACACAAUAAAUUUGAAAUUUUGACAACACCAUAA